UCGUCGAGACUCGAAGUCGAACUGAGCUGUGCCUGGGUGACUUUUGGACCAAUUUUCUCUCUAUUAAUAAGUAUCAUGAUUAUUUUUGCAACCCAUGUUUUCCUUGUAAUGUGAUGACCAGUGUUAUCUAGACAGGGUUACCAAGGACAAGGCCAGGUCGCAUUGGAUGAGUGAUCGUAUCUACCUGUUUGAUGUACGACAGUCUUCACAGAACAUUCCUUUCACUGACUAUGAAUACAAUUUAUGAAAGCAAGAGAUUGAACUUGAAGAUCACAGUUUUAAAAGAAGGAUACUGCAAACCCACCAAAAAUAGCGAAGAUGGCAAGUCUUGUUUCCAUGCUGACGGGAGCAUUACACUGGUUGAGACGGAGGCACAUAAAGUUCUUGUUGAUACUGGAGGACCAUGGGAUAAACCAUACCUCAUUGAUGCUUUUAAAGAACUGGGACUAGGUCUGGAGGAAGUAGACUUUGUCAUUGGAACACACGGUCACUCUGAUCAUAUUGGCAACCUGAACUUGUUUCCCGGUGCGACACAUAUUGUUGGAUGGGAUGUGUGUAAAAGAGAUCUGUACACCAAUCAUUCAUUUUCAGAUGGCAACCCAUACCAGAUAAACCCUGAAUUGGUUGUCAUGCCGACACCUGGUCACACCCAUCAUGACGUCAGUCUUGUUGUGUACGACGGAGAAAAGAAAAUAGUGAUUGCAGGAGAUCUCUUUGAGAGUGAGAAUGACAUUGAUGAUCCUUCAUUAUGGAGAGAUUGCAGUGAAGAUCCAAAGACACAAGAAGUCAAUAGAAGGAAGAUCAUAGAUAUGGCUGAUAUCAUCGUACCAGGGCAUGGACCAGCGUUUCAGGUCAAAGAAAGGUAUAGGACUAAAUUAAAAGCAAAUGAUUUGCCGUGAACACAAGGCAGAUAUCGUGUGAGGGAUUGGACAAGCAUUUCGGGUCACAGACAUGGCAGAUAUCAUCGAAGCAGACUUGAACCAGCGUUUCAGGUCAUAGACAUGGCAGAUAUCAUCGUACCAAGUCAUGAACCAGCUUUUCAGGUCAUAGACAUGGCAGAUAUCAUCGUACCAAGUCAUGAACCAGCUUUUCAGGUUGCAGACAUGAAAAAUAUUGUCGUAGCAGACAUGAACCAGCCUUUCUGGUCACAGACAUGAAAGAUAUCACCGUACCAGACAUGAACCAGCCUUUCUUGUCACAGACAUGAAAGAUAUCACCGUACCAGACAUGAACCAGCCUUCCUGGUCACAGACAUGAAAGAUAUCACCGUACCAGACAUGAAUCAGCCUUUCUUGUCACAGACAUGAAAGAUAUCACCGUACCAGACAUGAACCAGCCUUCCUGGUCACAGACAUGAAAGAUAUCACCGUACCAGACAUGAACCAGCCUUUCUGGUCACAGACAUGAAAGAUAUCACCGUACCAGACAUGAACCAGCCUUCCUGGUCACAGACAUGAAAGAUAUCACCGUACCAGACAUGAACCAGCCUUUCUGGUCACAGACAUGAAAUAUAUCACCGUACCAGACAUGAACCAGCCUUUCUGGUCACAGACAUCGUGCAUAUCAUCAUACCAACAUGUGGACUAAUGAUGUUUGAGUUCAAGAAGAGCUACAGGACUGAAGAAAGAUCUUUUACAUGGCAUAUAUCAUUGUACCAGGACUUUGGCCAGCAUUUCAGGUCGAAAAGAGCUUCAGAACCAAAGAAAG